UUGCUGCGAUUAUAUUAGCGUCCUCUACAAAUUUUUUUUGCCUCUGUUUUGUCUGUGAAAGCUGUAAGCAAGUCUUUGGCAAAGUUCAUCACCCGAAUUUCCCACCAGUAAACGUCGGUAAUCAAUAGAAAUUUUUGCUUAAUAAAAAUUUUUACUCAACAAAACACACCGAAAUGGCUGAAGCAAUGAAAGCGACAAUCUCUUCUAUGCUUAAAGGAAUAGACAGAUAUAAUCCUGAAAAUCUUACAGCAUUGGAGAAGUAUGUUGAAAUUCAAGCAAGAGAUAAUGCAUAUGAUUUGGAAGCAAAUUUGGCUGUCUUAAAAUUGUAUCAAUUUAAUCCAGCACAAUACACACUUGAUAUUGUUCGGUUGAUACUGAUGAAAGCUCUUACUAACUUGCCUCACACAGAUUUUGUUCUUUGCAAGUGUUUGAUUGAUCAACAAAAUUUAGCAAAUGAGAAGAUUCACCAAAUAGUAUACUUACAUGAUCUCCUUGAAACAUGCCAGUUUUCAGCAUUUUGGAGCCGAUUGAACGAUCCAAAGGACCCUCUUCCAGUAGCUCCAAUAACAGGAUUUGAAGAUUCAAUUAGGAAGUUCAUUUGUCAUGUUGUAAACAUCACUUAUCAAACUAUUGAAAAAGAAACUCUCAUGUCAUUUUUGGGUGGAGUAUCUGAAUAUCAGUUGAAAAGUUGGAUGCACAAAUAUGGUUGGCGAGAAGAUAAUAAAUUGGUUUGCAUCAGUAAUCAAGAAGAGAGCAUAAAAACAAAGAACAUCACAGAAAAGAUUGAUUUUGAUAGUGUUGCUGCUAUUAUGUCUCUGGCAAGAUAAUCAGCUGUAUACUUCAAUAAAUGUAAUAAAAUAUUUCUCCUCUUA